GCUAUUUUCUUGUAAUGGAUGGACAAUAUGGAGUUACAUUAACACAAUGUAUUGUGGGGAUAGCUAUAGCAUUUAUUUUUGGAUCUGCAUAUGUUCUUGAGGUGAGAUAUAGUGAUCUUCACAGUGAAAUAAAAAUGCGUGACGCGGAGUUAGCAUUCAUUAAACAGAAAAUUAAAAACUUCGAAUCGAAAGUAGAAAUGUUCGAAAGAAUGUACAAGCAAUGUGAAGAUAAAUGUAUUUCAGAAGAAAAGGAAACAAGAAAUCUAACGAAGCGCAUAAGCAUAAUAGAAAGCAGAAUUGGUGAUGUGGAAAAUAACCAGGAAGACAAAAGAGCAGUUGUAUUCAAUGCAGCCAUCAGCAAAACGUUAGAUCUCCAACGCAACACUCCAGUCAAUGUUGUGUAUGACACAGUUUUAUUUCAAACUGGCAAUGCUUACAAUCCACGGAAUGGUUUCUUCACGGCGCCCUCUGGUGGUCUCUAUGUCUUUUCGUGGGCAACUUUGGUUGCAGCUCGUAAGAUAUUUGAUGCAGAGCUCUUAGUUAACGGAAAAAGAAAGGGUUUAGGUAACUGUAACAAUGAAGCCAAUCCUGGAUACGAAAACUGUGCAUGUACCAUUUCUGUUGUUUUAAAAUUUGGAGACGAAGUCAAUAUACGUACAACUACUGCAAAUUAUAUCCACGGAAAUCAUUGGUCAAGCUUCAAAGGAUGGAAAGUUUGGUAAAACCAACGUAUUUCAAUUUUAUAUAUAAUUUUUUUUAAAUAUAUAUAUUUAGAUAUACGUUCACCUGCUGCAAAUUAUGUCCACGGAGGUCACUAGUGAAGAUUCAAUGGAAAAUGUGGUAAACCAGUUGCAGUUUUGAUAACAAUGCAUUUAAAAAUGUUUUGUGUUGGAUAUAUGAUAUUUUACCAACUGAGCAAUACUCGUGAAAGUGUCAGUCAUUGUCUUGCUUUUCAAAGAUACA